AUGGGACAGAGUAACAAUGUAACAGAAUUUAUCCUCCUCGGACUCACUCAAGAUCCUGAAGUUCAAAAAGCUCUAUUUGUGAUGUUUUUGAUCAUCUACUUUGUGACAAUGCUGGGAAACCUACUCAUUGUGGUAACUGUCAUUGUCAGCCCUGCACUGGGUUCACCCAUGUACUUUUUCCUUGCUUAUCUGUCACUCAUGGAUGCUGUUUAUACCACUGCUGUUUCACCCAAGAUGAUUAUAGACUUACUCUAUGAUAAAAAGACUAUUUCCUUCCAAGCUUGCAUGGGGCAGCUCUUUAUUGAACAUUUAUUUGGUGGGGCCGAGGUCUUUCUUCUGGUAGCAAUGGCCUAUGAUCGCUAUGUGGCCAUCUGUAAACCCCUGCACUAUCUGAUCAUCAUGAACCGAAGGGUUUGCGUUCUGAUGCUGGGGGUGGCCUGGAUUGGAGGGUUUAUACACUCUGUGGUUCAACUUCUCUUUGUGUAUAAUCUCCCCUUCUGUGGCCCCAAUGUCAUUGAUCACUUUAUCUGUGACAUGUACCCCUUAUUGGAACUUGCAUGCACUGACACCUACUUUAUAGGUCUCACUGUGGUUGCCAAUGGUGGAGCCAUCUGCAUCAUCAUUUUCACCCUCCUCCUAAUAUCCUAUGGAGUCAUCUUAAACGCCCUGAAGACUCACAGUCAGGAAGGGAGACGCAAAGCCCUGUCGACCUGCAGCUCCCACAUCACAGUGAUCAUCCUCUUUUUUGUCCCCUGUAUUUUUAUGUACGUCAGACCUGUUUCCAACUUUCCGAUUGAUAAAUCCGUGUGUGUUGUUUUUACCAUUAUCACUCCCAUGUUGAAUCCUCUAAUAUAUACCUUGAGAAAUUCCGAGAUGAAAAAUGCUAUGAAAAAACUCUGGGGUAAAAAUUUAGCUAGAUGUAGAAGAAGAAUGUCUGUCCAUAAUGAACAUACCACGGCUAAUCCUAAGGUAGCACAUGGCAAAUAA